GGAGCUUCGGCGCUUGCCCGCCGCGAUGGGAGUCUGAAAGGGGCAAAGUUGGGCUUGGGGCAGAGGGGAAAGAGCACGCUGGCGCGGGGCUGGGUUGCCUUCUGGACUGGGCAAGUCCGGGGCGCAGUGUUCAGAGCCCUGGGCCGAGGAUAUGGAGCCCGUGACCAAGUGGAGCCCUAAGCAAGUAGUGGAGUGGACGAAGGGAUUAGAUGAUUGCCUUCAACAGUAUAUCCAAAAAUUUGAGCAAGAGAAGAUAAAUGGGGCUCAUCUGCUGCAAAUUUCACACCAGGAUCUUGAAGAACUGGGUAUUACUCGGAUUGGACAUCAGGAGUUGGUGUUGGAGGCCGUGGAUCUCCUCUGUGCAUUGAAUUAUGGCCUCGAAACAGACAACAUGAAGAACCUGGUUCUUAAGUUACGAGCUUCUUCCAACAAUCUGCAAAACUAUAUCAGCACCCGGAGGAAAAGUUCCAAUUAUGAUGGAAAUACCUUGCGCAAGCCCCCUAAUGAAUUCCUUACCUCAGUGGUGGAGCUUAUUGGUGCUGCUAAGGCUUUGUUGGCAUGGCUGGACAGGACUCCAUUUACUGGGAUAGCUGAUUUUUCAACAACAAAGAACAAAAUCAUCCAACUCUGCUUAGAUCUCACCACCACUGUCCAGAAGGACUGUCAUGUAGCUGAAAUGGAAGAUAAAGUCCUUAGUGUAUCCAAAAUUUUGAAUGGAAUUUGUGAUAAAACAAUCCGGUCGACAACUGAUCCACUGAUGAGUCAGGGUGCUUGCCUUGAGGAAGUUCACCUAACCAAUAUCAAACCUGGUGAAGGCUUGGGAAUGUACAUAAAAUCUACUUACGAUGGAUUACAUGUGGUCACUGGAACAACAGAAAAUUCUCCAGCUGAUAGGUCUCAAAAAAUUCAUGCUGGUGAUGAAGUGAUUCAGGUGAAUCGCCAGACUGUGGUGGGAUGGCAACUGAAGAACCUUGUGAAGAAACUACGAGAGAACCCUUCUGGAGUUACUUUACUAGUAAAGAAACGUCAUACAGGCUCUUUUAAUUUUACUCCUGCUCCCCUUAAAAACCUAAGAUGGAAACCACCACUUGUACAGACCAGCCCUCCCCCAACUACAACUCAAUCACCUGAAAGCACCAUGGAAACUUCAUUGAAGAAGGAGAAACCAGCCAUUUUGGACCUUUACAUACCUCCACCCCCAACUGUUCCCUAUGCUCCUCGGGAUGAGAAAGUGAGCUUUGUUUACGGAGGAGGCAAUAAACCAAGGUUGCCUUUACCUGGUUCCAAAGGUGCAGAAUCUCCUAAUUCUUUCUUGGAUCAAGAAUGCAGGAGGCGAAGGUUUACUCUUACUGAUUCUGAUCCCUUGACUCGUUGUCCCAUAGAAGCAAAUAUUCUGCCUGCAAAGAUGCGAGAAAAAACUCCUUCUUAUGGGAAGCCUCGCCCGCUGUCUAUGCCUGCAGAUGGAAACUGGCUGGGAGUUGUAGAACCUUUCUGCAAGCCCCGAGCAAUGGGGAGAAAAGGUGAAAAUGUCCUGUGUCGGUACUUCAGCAACGAAAGGAUCCCUCCCAUUAUUGAGGAAAGUUCUCCCUCGCAGCAUCGUUUCUCCAGGCCUGUGGCUGAAAGGCAACUAGUGAGAGGUGCAGACUACAUCAGGGGGAGCAGGUACUUCGUCAACAUAGAUCUUCAUAACAGCGCAACAAUACCUUUCCAGGAGGAAGGGGCCAAAAAGCCACCUGUAACCACCUCCCCAAAAUCUUCCUCUACAGAACCUUCACUGCUGGUCAGCUGGCUCCAAAGGCUGAAGCUGUUGACUCACUGAAUCACGGGUUGGAUUAUAAUUUUUAAGAUAUGUUGUCAAGUGCCUUUUCCUCCUAUCCCCACUCAGUCAAACAGCAAAACUAUUUAAUGGUUGAAAGUUUUUUUUUAUUUUUCAUUCUCUCCUGGAGAAUUCAACUCUUCUGAGAUUGCUGUAUCAAAUUCACUGGAAUUGGAGAGCGAUCAUAAGAUGUCACCUUUCCUGCCUGCCUGCGAUCAGAGGGGCAUUUGGUUCUUUGGAAAAACAGUUCAAGCUUGAGUGAUCUUGCAAGUUACUGUGGACCUGAAAUCGACACAACCUGGGCCGGGCCAAGCAGUGAAACCUUGUAGCACGUUCAUUUGCUAUGAUGCUGUGCAACCUACUGCUUGUGCAGACUGUGUAGCACGCAGCAGAAAAUAAAUUCCCAAGAUGCUGUCCUGGCCAAGCGGGACAACAAAUGGGGGAGAUAACUCCCAUCUGCUUUGAACAGCAUUGUGGUACUGCAAGUGUCUGCAGACUGAAAUCCAUAAGGAAUGAAAGGCAGGGUUUUUUUCCUUUUCAUUCUGAUUAGUCAGAAAUGGGAACCUAUCCUGGUGGAUACUCUAGUCACUAAAAUCUCAGAGGUCAAAACUCUUUCCUGAAUUGCUGCAGCGUACGUCCAGUUAAGGCAUGGAUUGCUACAACGUGCCACAGAAAUGCCUCUGUAGUGGUGAUGGUGAAAAGAACAAUCUCCUUGCAAUUUUUUUUCUUUUAUAAUGUUAGAACUGAAUAGCUGUUAACCAAAGUAUUCUUCUGACAACAAAACCCUACAGGUUUCUGGAGCACCACACUAAUUCAAGGUUGGACUGGUUUGAUGCUGUUAGUUCUUUAAGACUUUUUGUUCAUUUAAAGACGUUGCUGGAAAACUCAUUUGGCCUCCAUUGAUUUAGUAGCAGUGCAAGAGAAGUGGGCUGCUUUGGGGGGGAAAGAAAUUGCAGUUAGGAUAUUGAGAAGAACCUGCAGAUUCUGAGAAGGAACUUAACAGUGAGGACAAUGAGAAACUGUUUUUCUAAAAAACAAAUGUACAGAAGAGUUUUGUCAAAAAUCCACAAAGCGCAUUCUGUUUCAACAUAAUUUAAAAGUGUUAAAUAGAGUUGUAUAUAUAUAUAUAUAUUUUACUCUUAACCCUAGGAAAUUUGUACAUUCCUCUCUACAGUACUGUGCACUAAUUAGCCAUUGCAAAAAGUUAUUGUUUCCAAUUAAAUUAACAGCCAAAUAUUUUACUUGGAUGGUCUUAGUUUGGUUGAUUGGCUUUCAUAAAUCACUUACACUAAAGCAAGGAAUUCAGCAGAUUUUAUAUUACUGUCUAAUGUUAUCAUUUUGACUUCAGCAAGCUUAUGAUAUUUUUGUAUGCUGGUUUUUUAGUUUGAAAGGUAGACUUUCUUAUAACUAUGUGGGAAACAGAUACAACUUUAUUAAGCUCUGUGGAUUUGCACUAAUUUUUACCAUUAAAAAUUGAUAUGGGUAUAAAA